UUGAAUUCAAUGCUUUCAAAGAUAUUAUCAAGGAAUUUCUCCACUUCUCUUAAGAAAGACAUCGGCUUCGUGGGUAUCGGAAAUAUGGGCUACCCCAUGGUUCUGAGCCUCAUGAAGCAUGGCCACAGAGUCACUGUCUUUGAUGUGAAUCAACAGAAACUACAAGAAGCUGAAGCCGAAGGAGCCACCGUUGCACCUGAUGUUGCAGAGCUCGCUAAAGACAAAGACGCUUGCAUCUCAAUUCUGCCCACUCCUAAAAUCGUCAGAGAGACCCUUGCUGGCAAAGAGGGCAUCUUCGAGAAUGCUAGAGAAGGCACACUGGUCGUGGAUUCAAGCACCAUCGGACCUGAUGAAGCCAUCUACUUGAGCAAGCAAGCUGACAAACACAGAGUCAGGUUUGCUGACGUCCCUGUAUCUGGAGGCUACAUGGGUGCCAAGAAUGGAACCCUCACCUGUAUCAUCGGAGCCAAGCAACAAGACUACCAGGAAGUUGAAGAGUUGUUCUCUCCAAUGGGGUCAUCUUUCUUCCACUGAGGCCCACCUGGGACUGGCCAAGCAGCCAAGGUUUGCAACAACAUGGCUUUCGGAACUAACAUGAUCACUCUGUGUGAAUCUCUGGCACUUGGAGACAAGCUUGGAAUCGACUUGAAAGUGCUGGCUCAGAUCAUGUCCAAGAGCACAGGAGGCAGUUUCGCAUCAAGCACUUACACUCCAGUAGAUGGAGUCAGUCCGACACUUCCGGCUUCGAACAACUUUGAUCACGGGUUUGCAAACGAACUUAUGAUCAAAGACAUUGGAUUGGCUCUGGCUGAGGCUUCAGAAAGAAACCUUGACUUGCAAUUUGCAAAGAAGUCGACUCAGUAUUUCCAGGCACUGAUUGACAAAGGGUUGGGGAAGAAAGACAUUGGGAUCAUGAUCAAACAUAUUUCCAGCUUAAAAGAAACUGAUGAAUAAAUGCUUCAUAAUGGAUCUAUCCUAUUCCUAUAAGUAUUUGUAACCACCAUUU